UCAUUCACUUUGGAUAUUUUGUUCUGUUGUGCUAUCUUCUUAAAUGUAAUUGUCUUGAUAUUGCAGGUAGGAGAUUCCUCUUGUCUGCAGUGUGCUGCAACUCAUGCAGAUUCUCCUGCAAACAGCAAGGAGUCUGAGCAACCCAGUCCUGUUUCAGUUUUGGAAGCUCCUUUUGUUGAAGAUGUUUCAUCUGGUUCAGAGUGUUUUGAGAGAGUCAGCGCUGAACUUCAUGGGUUAAGAAAACAACUUCAGCUUCUUAAGCUGGAAUCAGAAGGUUACGAUGAAGGAUCUGUGGUUGUUUCCAGUGAUGAGUACGGGGAGGAUUCAACCGAGUUGCAUGAUGGCAAGCACUUUCCUCAAGCUGGAGAGUGCUGGGAAUCUUGGUACUUGGUAGAUGUGUUGGCCCUCUCUGGGCUUAAUGAAACUGAUUCUGAGUUGUUUCAUGGAACGUGGCACUCCCCAGAUUGUCCUAUUGACCCCUGGGUGUUCGAAGAUCUUGAGAAGAGAUAUGGUGAAUUGGAGUCAUGUUCAAGAUCUGAGCGAAGACUGUUGUUUGACCAUAUAAAUGCCCGAAUAGUAGAGAUCUCUGAGCAAAUUGUAGAUUUGGAGUCGUGGACAUUGACAUCAAGAAAGAUUAUUGGCCCACAAUGGUUGAAAGAUGUACUUAAAACCGAGCUUCAUAAACUGCUUGAGAAGCAGGAAAAAAAGCUAGCAGAAAAUGCCAUUGACAUGUUGAUACUUAGUGACAUGAGGUGGAUGAAGCUUGGAGAGCACAUCAGUGCUGUAGGUAGGGAUAUUGAAGUAUUGUUAAUAGAUGAGCUAAUAGCGGAAUCCAUUGUUGUGUAGAGAGGCCUCAGCAUCUAAUUUAAUGUAUAUGUGUAUGAACUGAGCGAUCAGUUCGGUAGAGGACAAUAAGCUGUCGAAAAAUCUGUAGGAAUUUUUUUACAAGAAAUAAGAAUUAGGAUGAUGUAUGAACUUAUCAGCUCCAAGUAUAUUAAUCACAGUGUUAAUGUUAUUAGCUCAUUAACAUCGUUAGUCCUCAUUAAAUUUCGUUAUUCUUGUAAAUUUAGUACUCUCUCCGUUUCAUAA